AGCAGGAAGCGCGAUGCUAACACACAACGGGACAACUGCCGAGAUGCUGGACACCUCGGCACUGCUGCAGAGCACAUGGGACUUCAUGAAGGGGCGACAAGACUGGCUCCAUUCGCCUUUCUUUCCAGUGCUGUUUUCUUUCGCGGUAUAUUUGGGUUUCAGCCUGCCUUUCGUAAUCCUGGAUUUGUUUUGCUCAAACGUGAGCUUUAUUAAUAAAUACAAACUGCAGCAACAGAGCAGACCUACCUGGACGAUGAUGAAGGUCUGCAUUAUACAAACUGUUUAUAACCACGUGAUCUUUAUUUUCCCUUUGACUGUCGCUCAUUGGUACUGGAGACCUGUGAGUUACCCAACAUUAGCACCUUCUGUUUUCAAGGUUAUUGUGGAUAUCGCUGCCUGCUUGCUCAUCUUUGACUUCCAGUAUUUCAUCUGGCACUACCUGCAUCACAAAGUGCCCUGGCUCUACAAGACCUUCCACAAGGUCCACCACAAGCAUACAGCCACCUUUGCACUAAGCACCCAAUAUUCAGGUGCCUGGGAGACGCUAUCUCUGGGGUUCUUUGCCGCAGUGAAUCCGAUGCUGAUGGGCUGCCAUCCCCUGACAGAGAUGCUCUUCUUCAUUGUGAAUAUCUGGCUGUCGGUGGAGGACCACUCUGGCUACGAUUUCCCGUGGUUCACGCACAGACUGAUCCCCUUCGGCUUGUUCGGGGGCGCACCGCACCACGAUGCGCACCACAUGAAGUUUAAACUGAACUACGCGCCGUACUUUACGCACUGGGACAGGCUGUUUGGCACUUUACACCAGGUGGCAGCCAAGCUGGACUGAGCUGUACAUUCGGCUGGACUUUCUUCUGCUAAACGUCUUUUAUAUUAAAAGAACUUCUAUUAGGUAUUUAACACCGUAUAAUUUAAAGAUAAAUUAUUGCAACUAACUGGAGUCAUAUUGUAAAUAAAAUGAUUUAAUAUAUAUUUUCUAUAAAAAGAUUUUAA